AUGUCAUCCAACAUUUUAUCGCUUCUUGAGAUUCGAAAUACACUCACAGCAACAAUAGGCAUUAGUUUCAUGGUCAUUGGAACACUAGGUGGUCUACUCAACAUUCUACUGUUCACGCGCCGCCAUAUGUGGAGUCUAUCACCGUGCAUCCCUUAUAUGUUUGUCGCAAGCGUUGCCAACAUGUUCAAUCUAUAUACGUGCGUAGUAAUUCGUGUACUCUAUGGAUUUAAAUUUACAUUUAUGUUUUACUUUUCGGCUCCUUGUAAACUUCAAUAUUACUCGGCCUACACGUCGGUUUGUAUAUCCAGUUGGUUAAUGGCCGCUUGUUGUGCCGAUCGAUUCAUUGCAUCAUCGCGUGACGCAGAUAUCCGAUGCUAUAGUAGCAUGCGUAUUGCGUAUCGAGUCAUUUUCUCUAUAAUUAUCAUAAUUAUUAUGACUGCUAGCCAAGUAUUCUUUUGCUUUGAUGCAAAUCAAGUCAAUACACCUGGACCGUGUUAUACAACAAGUCCUACAUGCGCCAUCAUCGAUCAGAUCUAUUUCUUUAUGUUUCAACUUAUAGGACCACCUAUGUGUAUGAUCGUCUUUGGUAUUGGUACAUACAUUCAUAUUCGUCAAGGACGAAAAGUCCGACCCACGGACGCGCACACGAAGACCAUAGAAGCUAGUCGUGUAGCAGGUAUCAUUGGUAAUGAACAGACUCGUGGAAAGAAUCGAGCUGUGUUGCGUAUGCUCUUUGCACAGAUUCUUGUUUAUUUCUUGUGCACUAUUCCGCUGACUGCAUUCAGACUCUAUGCAGUGAUGCCGAUCACGAUUCUCAAGAGUAAUGAGCGAGCCAUACUUGAAAAUAUUAUCUUCAACGUAACCAUCUUCGUUCAGUUUGGCGACAAGACAUUUGCAUUUUUCAUUUAUACAUUAACCAGCGCUUAUUUUCGUCAAGAGCUUGUAAAACUUUUCAAACGUCGUAAUAUUUAA